AAUGACUUACAAGUUUGUUACUCUUAUAAAUGCACCUUAAAUACUAAUUGUAUAAUGAUAAGGAGAUUGGCAUAAAAAAUAUUGUUAGGAGAAAGGUAUCGAAAAACAUCGCCAAAAAAUGGGAAAUCAAGUGAGUUAUGAUGAAGCAGAUUCAAUAUUGGUGGAGGCAUGGGGAGGAAAUGGUGGAGAUGAAUGGAGUUACAAGUUGAAAAGUCCAAUUAAAGAAAUAUUAAUUAAUCAUGGACAAAUUAUAGACUCCAUCACGUUUAGAACUAUUAAUAAUGAACAAAAUAUUAUUGAUUCACCAAGAUUUGGUGGCAAUGGAGGUCGAAGAGACAAGGUUACUAUCGAGGCAGCUCCAUUGGAAUAUUUGAGAGGGAUCAAGGGGACAUAUGGAAAUUAUGGUGGCAAAAUGGUUAUAAAAUCUCUAAGUUUUGUAACAAAUGGAAAGAAUAUUUAUGGACCAUUUGGUAAUAAAGGGGGUGAUGGAAAUCCAUUUUCACUUGUGAUGAAAGAAGGUGGAGCCAUUGUUGGAUUCCAUGGGCGUUGUGGCUCUUAUCUUGAUGCUAUUGGUGUUUAUCUGCAGAAACUAACUACUCCUACAACUCCACAAAAACAAGAUGAUGAUCAAAAGAAAGUUGAGCCAAAUGAACCACUAUUGGUAGAAGAAAUUGAAAUCCAUGAAAAAUUGGAUGUGAUGAAGACUAUUGUGCCAAGAAGUGCUGGACCUUGGGGAGGAUGUAGUGGGAAAGGUUGGGAUGAUGGUGUAUUUAGUACUAUCAAGCAAGUACAAGUAUAUAUGAAUACAAUAAGCUCAGCUAUAUCUGGAAUACAAAUUCAGUAUGAAAAGAAAUUAGAUAAAACAUUAUUUUGGUCACAACUUCAUGGAGGUCUUGGAGCUGGAAAUGACACAAUUAGAAAGAUAAUCAUUGAUGGUGAAAAUGAGUUCUUGAUCGGAAUUGAAGGAUAUUAUAGUCCAGUUGACAACAAUGGGGGCCAUGACACAAUAAGACAAAUUGCAUUUUAUACAAGUAAGGGAAAAUAUGGACCAUAUGGAACUGAAAUUGGAAAUUAUUUCAGUUCAUCAGCAGCUAGAGGAAAGAUUGUUGGUUUUCAUG